AUGGAUAGUAAGCAGUUUACUCUUCUUUUCAAUAGCGGAUUCAGACUUCCUAAGGGUUGUAAAUUGAAAAAUUAUAUAAUCGAGGACGCUUUAACUGAUAACAGAUUCACAAAUUGUAAAUUCAUUGACUUUAUUGAAGAUUUUGAAUCACUCGAUGCCCAGCAUAUCAUUUACAAGCUAAUCAGAAAUUACAAUGAAAAGGAUGAUCAAAACAAGGAACUCAAUCGAAUUAUAUUUGAAAGGAUAAGACAAGCAGGGAAGAUUAAGAAUGGCCUAUUUCCAUGUGAAUUUCUAUGUCGUAGGACCUUUCUUUCAUCAUCUGAAUUAUUCAGUUAUCCAUAUUUUAAAGAGAGCUUCGAUGUAAUGGAUGAUAAUGCUAAGUUCCAAAUUUUCUACAAUCAAUUCGAUUUUUCCACAAGGUGUUUGGACAAGUAUGAGCAUAUGCUAGAGAGCGGUUUCGAUUUUUCCUUUCUAAAAUGUGGAGAUAAUCUUCGUGGAUUCCUAAAUUAUUCAAAUCUCUAUUCUGUUGCGGAGUAUAAGAAAUUUACUGAAUUCUUCAUCAGAGUUGGUUUUAAUAUCAAUCAAAAGGAUAGUAAUGGUGAAACUCUACUAUUUCAUACUGAAAAUCCAAAUGCAAUACAAGCACUCCUUGAGUUCGGAAUUGAUCCAAAUAUUCAAAAUGAUGAAGGUGAAUGUAUUCUCAAUUCUUAUUAUAGUUUGAAAAAAUUGUACUUAGUGAAGCUACUACUUGAUUAUGGAGCAGAUCCAAAUAAAAAAUCAAAAGAAGGAAUGACACCUCUUGCCACGGCUAUAAUGUCGAAUUUACCAAAUAUUGCAAUUUACUUAAUACAACAUGGCGCAAAAAUAAGUGAAUUUCCUGGCGGUAGUGAAAGCUGCCUUCAGCAUGCAAAAAAUCUAGUUACUCCAAAUUUAAAUGUUAAAAAAGAAUUAAUAGAUUUGAUAUCUUUAAAUCUAUAG